GUUCUGUGGUCAGUUGAUUGAGAUUCGUUGAACGAUUUAGUUGAUGGUUUGAUAGAAAUAGCCGUACGACGUGCAUGUGUUCAAAUAUAUACUCUACAUUUACCAUAACUUAACCAUCCAGUUUUUUCCAUCUAAUUUCGCUUUUUUAUUUUAUUUAUUUCGUGUUUUGUGUGAAAAGAAACGGAAAUCGGGACGAAAAUUCCGAAUAUAAGUGCAAAGACAGUUUCUGAUUUUUGUGUGUGUGUUUUUUUUUGUUUGUAUAAAACGUUCUGCCACGAAACAUUUUACUUCCGAUUAUUUGAACAACGUUUUUGAAAAGAAGUUUUUGUGAAAAUCCAAAAAGAAGAGAACAUUUUCAUCAUGAAUCGCUCGUUGGAUGAAAGAAGUGAAUUGAACAAUACCAUUGACGAUACAAAUUCAUCAAAAGCUCGAAGCAGACCAUGCUUAUCGCAUGGAAAUGGUGAUGAAUCAAAUGCUAAUCAAAAUGGAAAAACCAACCACGCAACAAGUUCACUUAACGGAAAUGAUGACAAUAACGAUAAUGCCCAAAAACACUCAACCACUGAAUCAGCGACCACCAAUGGCAAGGGAUUUAUAAAACGAGCUCAUCCAGCACCAUUGAAAAUUGUCGCAUUCAAAGGCGAUUCAAACGACGUGCCAGGAACACCACGAACACCAAGGACAUCAACCACACCAGGGCACGAAAAGUGUACAUUUCAUCAUGAUUUGGAAUUGGAUCACAAACCACCGACGCGCGAAGCUCUGUUGCCAGACAUGGCACAGUCGUAUCGCUUGCUGUUAAGCAGUUUGGGUGAAGAUCCAUCACGUCAAGGGCUAUUAAAAACACCGGAACGAGCUGCCAAGGCAAUGCUUUUUUUUACCAAAGGCUACGACCAAAGCAUCGAAGAAGCAUUGAAUGGAGCCGUUUUUGAUGAAGAUUAUGAUGAAAUGGUUGUGGUGAAAGAUAUUGAAAUGUUUUCAAUGUGCGAACAUCAUUUGGUACCAUUUUAUGGAAAAGUGUCAAUUGGUUAUUUGCCGAGCAAAAAAAUUCUCGGCCUCAGCAAAUUGGCGAGAAUUGUGGAGAUUUAUUCACGACGACUGCAGGUUCAAGAGCGCCUCACUAAACAAAUUGCGAACGCCGUAACUGAAGCCGUUCAACCAGCUGGCGUCGCUGUUGUCAUUGAAGGAGUGCACAUGUGCAUGGUAAUGCGAGGUGUACAGAAGAUUAACAGCAAAACAGUGACAUCAACAAUGUUGGGUGUAUUUCGUGAUGAUCCGAAAACGCGCGAAGAGUUUCUCAAUCUUGUUAACACCAAGUAAAAAGAAAAACAACAAAAAAUGAACACUAUUGAUUUACUGUACAUCUGACAUCCAUUAAAAUGAUAACAAUUUAACAGAGAUGAACAACAUCGACAUGCAUUGCAACAGAAAAAAAAAUUAUCAAUGAACACAUUUCAAUGAAGAAAAAUAUAAAUAGCUAAAGA